AUGACCGAUUUGAAAACUACUGUAUCCGAAGAAAAUACGCUAUCUGCUAAAGGAUAUAAAUUAAAUAAAUUUAUAGGCGAAGGAGCCUAUGCCAAGGUUUAUCUGACAGAAUACACAGCAAGGGAAGAUUCCAAUAAAGUAACACUCGCAUGCAAAAUUAUCGAAACCUCAAAGGCACCGAAAGAUUUUGUUCUCAAAUUUCUACCUCGUGAAAUAGACGUUCUAAUUCGUUUAAAUCAUCCUCAUUUAAUACACGUGCAUAGCAUAUUUCAAAGAAAAACUAAGUAUUACAUAUUUAUGCGGUAUAGUGAAAAUGGUGAUCUCUUAGGUUACGUCCUUAAAAACGGUUGUGUAUCGGAGAAUCAAUCUAGAGUAUGGCUUCGACAAUUGGCCCUGGGAUUGCAAUAUUUGCAUGAGCUGGAAAUUACCCAUCGAGACAUUAAAUGUGAAAACGUAUUAUUAACCGCAAAUUUUAACGUAAAAUUAUCAGACUUUGGGUUUGCAAGGUUUUGUAUAGACGAGGAAGACCAGCCGAUACUUAGCGAAACUUACUGCGGUUCCAUGUCUUAUGCAGCACCUGAAAUUCUGAGAGGGAAACCAUAUCUACCAAAGCCGACCGACCUUUGGUCUCUAGGAGUUGUAUUAUUCGUGAUGUUAAACAAGUCUAUGCCAUUCGACGACACUCGUAUGCGUAAAUUGUAUGAACAGCAAAUGGGAAAAAAAUAUAGAUUCAGAUCCCGGGUAGCUACUGUGCUUUCUCUAGAAUGCAAGGCUCUAGUGAAACAUUUACUCGAACCUGACCCCGGAUUGCGACAUUCCGCUACUCAAAUAUUAAAUUCUGAUUGGAUUGCUAUGGACAGUAGACUUACUACACUCAAUGCAAAAGAGAACAUAGAGAAUCUGCUUAUAGGCCGAGUGAAAUGA